GACCGAUUUAUAUGAUCUCUUAUUAAUGAUCAAACUAAACAGGAAAUUAAAUAUAAACCUAAUUUUUGAACCGUCCGGUUCCGUUUCGGUGGGAAGAUUGUUUUCAUCGAUUCGUAUCAUUGUCUGCUGGUUAUAGACAUUUGACAGGGGUCAAGUAUUUCAGCAUGGGAUGUGAAUGUGGUAAGAAAGAGAAACAAGUUUUCCGAGAGAGAAGAGGUUCAGUGAGUUCAGGAAAAACAUUUCGUGCUAUACUGAAGAAGAGCUUACCAAAUCUGAGAAAUAUUAUUAAAGCAGAACCUGGAGUUACAAUUGUGCAAGGAAAAACUGUUGUUAUUUUUGUUUUUGGUGGCCCAUCAUCAAAGAAGGGUAUAGUUGUUAACGAUCUUAUUAACACGUUCGACUUCAAGCUGAUCAAGAUGGAAAACCUUCUUCUUGCAGAACUAGCUGAAAAAAAGAAUUCUGAUACAUUCCGUACGAACUGGAUCUUCGAACUGUUACGAAAAGAGAUUUCCAAUGAUCCCCAAUCUAUGUAUUUGAUAGACAUGAUACCGAAUCUCCACGGUUUUGUCAACAAUGAGUCAUUCGUACGAGACCCAACAUCGGAACUGAAGGAGUUUGAAAUUAAGUUUCCUAUUUCUUUUGCGAUUAACUUCUGUGCUGAGGAAAUGGAGAUCCGAUCAAUACAUAACACAGCACAGAAAUUACUUGCCAAUAAAAGGAACGAGUCCCUUGUACCAGCAGAUCCAGACAUGGACUCAGCAGAUCACCCAGUCGAAAACGUAGAAAUAAGUCAUCUAAACCAAAAGGUACGGACUCUUUUAUAUGAAAAUGCAGUCAAACAUUACCUAGCUUACUUCAGUAAGUCGAAAAGGCUCGUCACUGUAAACACAGGCCUUGCACCCAUGCCAUUCAUCUGGGGGGCACUGUGUCGGAUAUUCUCCGAUUUCCAGAUAAUUAGCACAAACAGUGAAAACAUACAGAUUCUCUUUACAUUUGAUGGAGAAGGUAUACCUGAUGAAGAGCUAUGCAAACAUGGCCUUAUUAAAAUUGAUGUUCAUUCUGAACUGGACAACUCGAAAGUAGCACCUGAAGCUGUUCUACAGACAGUAAACCAAUUGAUAGGAGACCAUGACCCUUCAUCCUUGAAGUUUUAUGUCAAUCUGCACGGAACGUCGGUUGUCAAAGGUGCCAAAUUUAAGACCAUUAACAACCGAAUUGCGUUUGUCGACUCUGUCAGUGAACCCCUGUCGGAGGCGAUGCCGAUCGAGCCGGUCUUCGGUUGCCAGUGCAGCUGUUCUCUGCGAGUGAAGACCAUAGGCACGCCGGAGAACGCCACGUGCUACUUCCCCGAGGACACCGACAUACAGCUGUGCAAACACGUCGCCUACGUGAUGAGCGAAUGCAUCAAGAACGGCAACAACAUACUGCCUAACAACGGCAUACCACCGAGCAACGGCAUACAGCUUAGCAACUGCAUACAGCAUGGCAGCUGCAUGCUUUUCAACAAUUAACGAUUUAAUUCUUCUUGAGAAAUGAUCAUGUGGGAGGCAUUAAAGGAGGAGUGUGAGGGAGGCAUUAUGGGGAAGUGAGGGGGGCAUUAAGGGGAGUGUGAGGGAGAUAUUAAGGGGGAGUGUGAGGGAGGCAUUAAUGUGAAGUGUCAGGGAGAUAUUAAGGAGUGUUAGGGAGGCAUGGGGGAGUGAGAGAGGCAUUAAUGGGGAAUCUGAGGGAGGUAUUAACGGGGGAGUAUGAAGGAGGCAAUAACAGGAAUGUGAGGGAGGCAUUAAUGGGGAAUAUGAGGGAGGCAUUAACUGGGGAGAGGGAGACAAUAACGAGGGAGUGUGAGGGAGGUAUUAAUGGGGAGUGUGAGGGAGGCAUUAAGGGAAGUGUGAGGGAGGCAUUAAGGGUGAGUGUCAUGGAGAUAUUAAGGGGGAGUGUCAGGGAGGCAUUAAGGGGGAGUGUCAGGGAGGCAUUAAGGGGGAGUGUCAGGGAGGCAUUAAGAGAGCAUCAGAGAGAUAUUAAGAGGGAGUGUUAGGGAAGCAUUAAUGGGAGUGUCGGGGAGGCAUUAAGGGGGAGUGUUAGGGAGACAUUAAGGGAAGCAUAAGGGAGAUAUUAAGGGAGUGUCAAGGAGGCAUUAAGGGGGAUUAUGAGGUAGGCAUUAAGGGGAAUGUGAGGGAGGCAUUAAGGGAGAGUGAGGGAGGCACUAAGGGGGAGUGUCAGGGAGGCAUUAAGGGAGAGCAUCAGGGAGAUAUUAAGAGUGUCAGGGAGGCAUUCAGGGGGAGUGUCAGGGAGACAUUAAGGGGGAGUAAUGGAGGCAUUAAUGGGGAAUAUGAGGGAGGCAUUAAUGGGGGAGUAUGAGGGAGGUAUUAACAGGAGAGUGUGAGGGAGGCAUUAAUGGGAGGUGCAACGGGAUGGAGCAACUUUGUUGAUGUUGGGGUGGGGAACUUGGUUGAUGUUUGGGGUAGGGGACUUGGUCAAUGUUGGGUGUGUGGACGGCACUAAUUACGUUUUGGGUAGUAUUAGUUUCUUUUUCUGUUGUAUAUGUGGCCAUGUUUGUGAAAGAGAGUACAGAUGAGGAAAUAUGGUGUAAUAUUUUUGGAGGUAUUUUUUUGAUAGCCAAUGGUUAUAAGAAUACGAUGUCCAUAUAUUUCAGCUCGAAAAUAUAUAUAUGACGACUGGAAUCUUGAACAUGCAAUAGUGAUGAAAGUUGUCUCCAUUUUUAAAAGCGAGUUAAAAGACGUCAGUGAUAGUAUUCUGUGCAAUUAACGUAUAGUGAAACAUCAUUUCAUCAUUAAAAUAUAAUUGAUGACAGUAACAUGCUUUUCCUUCUUUCUUUUUUUAAUAUUUCAAAUGCUUUUAUGGUGACAACAUUUCCAUCCAAGAGGUGCCCAAACAUGUUCCACACGGACACUUGACAUGACGUCAAUUCAGACGUUUUCUGUGAAUGACGUCAUGCCACAUCUGUACUCUUUGUUUUUUUCGCAAAUGCGGUCACAUAUUUGGUGCGAGUAUAGGACUUUAAAAUGCAAGAUUUUAGCGUUUUUUUAAAUCACCACUAAAAUAUAAAAGAAUAUAUAAACACCAAUAAAUCUGCACAAUUGUAUGAAAAUGACCAGGAAAUAAAAGUGUUUUAUAAUGA